GCAAGGACAUGCGGCAACGCUCACGAGCAACAUCCACGUAUCAUAACAAAGCACUGGCUGGUUGUCGAAUGCGUUGAACUGGGGAACCAUGAUCCCUGUGACAGAGUUCCGGCAGUUCACUGUGCAGCAGCAGCCAGCAUUCCGUGUGCUGAAACCGUGGUGGGAUGUGUUCACAGACUACCUCUCCGUGAUCAUGCUCAUGAUUGGGGUGUUCGGGUGCACCCUGCAGAUAAUGCAAGACAAAAUCAUCUGCCUCCCAACAAAAACACCUGCGCCAAACCAAACCGUGGCCUUUCCACACCAAACAGAACUGAAGGGCCUGAAGACCAACCUUGACCUGCAGCAGUACAGCUUCAUUAACCAGAGGUGCUACGAGGAAGCACUGCAUUGGUACGCCAAGUACUUCCCCUACCUAGUCCUCAUACACACCCUUGUCUUCAUGGUUUGUAGCAACUUCUGGUUCAAGUUCCCAGGCUCCAGCUCAAAAAUAGAGCACUUUGUCUCUAUCUUGGGAAAGUGCUUCGAUUCGCCCUGGACCACUAGGGCCCUCUCAGAGGUAUCAGGGGAAAAUACAGCAGGGAAGGAUCAAAAAAGGGAGACUGACAGCAAGUCUAAUGUCAAUGUGCCCACAGCGGAGGGCAAUCUGGUCAAUCUGGAGAAGACCCAGUCCCUCAGGUCCAUCCCAGAAAAGCUAGUCAUAAACAAACCAGAUGCUAGCGUACUGGACAAAAAGGAAGGAGAGCAAGCUAAGGCCUUGUUUGAAAAGAUAAAAAAAUUCCGCUUGCAUGUGGAAGAGGGAGAUCUGCUCUAUGUCAUGUAUGCUCGCCAGAACAUGCUCAAGGUUCUGAAGUUCCUCCUGAUUAUCAUUUACAACAGCGUCCUGGUGCCUGAGGUGAAGAUCACGGUGCCGUGUAAUGUGAAUAUCCAGGACAUGACAGGUUAUGGGCAUUUCUGGUGCAAUCACACAAUGGCUCACUUAUUCUCAAAGCUGGCCUACUGUUACCUUUGCUUUGUGGGGGUCUAUGGAUUUACGUGCCUUUACACAUUGUACUGGUUGUUUUAUCGAUCUCUCAAGGAGUACUCUUUUGAGUACGUUCGACAGGAGACAGGGAUCAGUGACAUUCCAGAUGUAAAGAAUGACUUUGCCUUCAUGCUGCACAUGAUUGACCAGUACGAUCCUCUGUACUCCAAAAGGUUUGCUGUGUUUCUCUCCGAAGUCAGUGAGAAUAAGCUAAAGCAGCUCAACUUGAAUCAUGAGUGGACGGUUCAGAAGCUGCGGCAAAAGCUGAAGACCAACGCCAGCAACAGGCUGGAGCUCCCUCUCUUCAUGCCUCCCGGCCUUCCGGACACUGUCUUCGAGUUGACAGAGCUCCAGUCUCUGAAGCUGGAGAUUAUAAACAACGUCACAAUACCUGCCUCCAUCUCGAAGCUCGAGGACCUCCAGGAGCUAAUCUUACACCAGUGCUCCCUCAAAAUCCACAGUACCGCAGUUGCCUUUCUGAAGGAGAACCUGAAGGUGCUACGAGUGAAAUUUGAUGACAGCAGGGAGCUGCCACCCUGGAUGUACGGUCUACGUGGCCUGGAAGAGCUCCACCUCAGUGGCUUCUUCAACCAUGACAUAUCCAGGAACGUCACCCUUGAGUCCCUGCGUGAGCUCAAGUCCCUCAAGACCCUUCACCUUAAGAGCAACUUCACCAAAAUACCCCAGGCUAUUGUGGACUUGUCCAGCCACCUGCAGAGGCUCUACAUCCACAACGACGGCACCAAGCUGGUCAUGUUCAACAACCUGAAGAAGAUGGGACACCUGGUCCACCUGGAGCUGGUGCACUGUGAGCUGGACCGGAUCCCCCAUGCCAUCUUCAGCCUCUCAAAUCUGCAGGAGCUGGACCUGAGGGAGAACAACCUCAAGACUAUCGAGGAGAUUGUCAGCUUCCAGCACCUUCGCAAGCUCAUCAGCUUGAAGCUGUGGCAUAACAGUAUCACCUACAUCCCCGAUCACAUCAAGAAACUGGGCAGCCUGGAGCGUCUCUAUUUCAGCUACAACAAGAUCGAGGUACUUCCCUCCCACCUCUUCCUCUGCAACAAGCUGCGCUACAUGGACCUGUCCUACAAUGAGAUUCAGUUCAUCCCACCCGAGGUCGGGGUGCUGCAGAGCCUGCAGUACUUCUCCGUGUCAUCCAACAAGCUUGAGAACCUCCCGGAUGAACUCUUCUUCUGCAAAAAGCUCAAAACCCUCAAGCUGGGGAUGAAUGCCUUGACCGUGCUUUCCCCAAAGAUAUCCUUCCUGGUGUCACUGACGCACCUGGAACUCAGAGGCAACCAUUUUGACUGCUUGCCUGCGGAGCUGGGGUGCUGCCGGGCGCUGAAGCGCAGUGGUCUUCUCGUGGAAGAUGCCUUGUUUGAAACACUGCCUUCGGAUGUCAGAGAACAAAUGAGAUUGGAGUGAUCCAACUCCUUGCUGCAGAAUACCAAAUGUCUUAAUCGGACAAGCUUGACUGCUAUACUGUGGCAUUUACAGUAUAUAUUUGUUAAUUGUUAUAGAAAAGUGUUGUAUAAUCUAUAUUAUGCAGGGGUAAAACAUAAUUAGUAAUGGCCUUAAUGUUAUUGGCACAUGGUGUGCUUGUAUGUACUUCAAAUUGGCUGAUGUCUUCAGCGGUUUUGGGUUGACCACACAGUACUGCAGAGUAAUGGGGCAGCAUUUGUGACCAUUAGCCAUAUUUCAAAAUUCUCUGACCAGUUGCAUAAUGUGCCCUGUGACUACAUAUGCAAGGGGCAUAAAAGGGUGUUUUAGAACAGCGCAGACAUUCCCAAUGGUAUUUGCUAUCAUAAUAAACAUUCUGGCAGUCAGUGAUGAGACUGAGCAGUGCAAUUCCUAGUAAAGCGUAUGAUGUCAUCACAGUGUGGGAGGCCAUGGCGGAACAAAGAGGGGCAGCUGGGAAUUUACCAAUUGAAUCUUUAACUGAAAUGAAAGCUGGAAAACAAUAGAGAAAUGUCUGUUAUCACAUAUCCAUUUCUUUUGCUAGAGUUCUUUUAUUAUAUGCAGUUAAAUGUGAAAAUGUUGGGACAGUAAUUUCUGUUAUUUUGGUACUGUACUCCGGCACACUGGACUCGAAAUAAAACAGUGAACACAAUGAAUAUAAAGUGCAGCCAUUGAGGGUAAUUACAUCCAUACCACGUGAUCCCUGUAGGAAUUACAGCCAUUUUAAUACACAGUCCUCCAUUUCAGCCGUUUCCUGGCCAGUCGUGUGUCUUUGCACCAUUCGUUCAUGCACAAUAAAAGCCAACAAACGGCCGAUCGAUGAUUCUUUGUGUGGACUUCGCAUUUGCAGUCUGUUGCUGUCGUUUCUCAGCAUGAGGACCAAAUAAGUGUCCGUGCUAGUAAAGCAGUCCACCACGAGGCUUAAAAAUAAGAACAAGUCAGAGACAUAGCCGACAUACUGGGUGUCAAAAACUGUUUGAUACAUAAUUAGGAAGCAAGAAUGCGGGCAUAUUACAUUACAUUAUUGGCAUUUGGCAGACGCUCUUAUCCAGAGCGACGUACAGUUGAUUAGACUAAGCAGGAGACAAUCCUCCCCUGGAGCAAUGCAGGGUUAAGGGCCUUGCUCAAGGGCCCAACGGCUGUGCGGAUCUUAUUGUGGCUACAGAUCUGUGAAAGACAGAGAAGGUGUUACCAGCAUAACCUCAGAUGGUUCACCUCAAACCACUGGUACGCCUUACAAACAGAACGGCGCAGAAGUUAGAGUUGACUGGUACAUAAAAAAAAAAAAACCUUCUGGAACAAAGUCUUAUGAGAUGAGACGAGAAUUAACCUGUACCAAAGUGGUGGAAAAGGAAAGUGUGGAGAAAGAAAGGAACUAGUCAUGAUCCAAAGCACCCCCUUUAUCUGUGAAAUAUGAUGGAGGUAGUGUUAGAGCCUGGGCAUGAAUGGCUGCCACUCUCAUUUACACAGAUCUUUGAAUGAACAUACAAAAGUUGAGAGAACCUAAAAAUAUAGGUGUAACAAACUGAAGUGAAAAUGUUCAGUUUACCCAAACACCUCAAAUUACAGCUGACUGUCUGCACUUACUGUAAACUCCAAUGUGCUGGAUUGCAGAGCCAAAAUCAUAAGGGAUCUGCACUGGAGUGAAACUUUGUUAUAAACAAAGGCCAAAUAAACGAAUUUGGGCUUUUAAGUACAGUGUUAUAUUAGACUGCCUUUCUUAAGUGUUCAUCUGCUCCCAGCGUACGCCCCCAUGGAAACUGUGGUUUGUUUUUGGCUUCAGUAUGAUUAAGCAAUUUCCUGUCGGGGAGAAAAGUUCUCCCACCACUAUCGCCCUCUUUUUCAGACAUGCGGAAGCAACUGGUGACUAGAGACUAGAGCUAUUGAACAUUUCCACCCUGGUGAUGUGAAAACACACUGAACUGGAGGGGCUCUUUUGCUCUUUUCAAAUGGGUCAGAGGGACUAGCUAUUUGGUACAAUGUGCUUACAUCAUUCUUCAGAGAAAAUAUGAAUGGGGGCAAGGUGUCACAAUGUCCUAUGAUAUGAAUGCCUUUCCAUGACCCAACCAUAUUCCAGAUGUCCUUUCUUUUAUUAUGUUUUUCAUUUUAAUAAGGACUCUAAAGUUCACGAUUUCCUGAAGGAAAAUGCUCUUCUACACAUUUAACCGACAUUGAACAACAUCUGUAUGGAUUUAGUUCCAUAAAUUGGGAUUAACUUAAACUAAUUAAUAUUCAAUCGGGUAAUGACAAUCAGUCUCAAUUAAAUUCAUUUUAUAACUACAAAUCAUACACAUUAUUAAUUGUUGUGCACAUAAUACCUCACACUGUGUGUGUGUGCUCUUGCCUUCAUCAUGUUUGUUCAGUCCAAUUGCAAUCAGUUGGCUGCUGAUUGGCUCAGUCAGUAAAGGCACACACCAUUAAUGCAGUUUUGGUCUCUAAGAGCAUGGAUACAGGGGCAGCCUGUAGCAUAGUGGUUAAGGUAAAUGACUGGGACAGGCAAGGUCGGUGGUUCGAAUCCCGGUGUAGCCACGAUAAGAUCUGCACAGCCAUUGGGCCUUUGAGCAAGGCCCUUAACCCUGCAUUGCUCCAGGAGGAUUGUCUCCUGCUUAGUCUAAUCAACUGUAUGUCACUCUGGAUAAGAGCAUCUGCCAAAUGCCUGUAAUGUAAUGGCCCAAACCUGAUACCGCAGUAAUGGCAGGACACCAGAGCUAACACAAGAGUUAGCCCACAAUUUUGAAGUUAGACAACUGGUAGCCAGUACAUGUCUGAUGCUUUACCUCUUCCCAAGACAUCAGGCAUGUACUGGCUACCAGUGAUAAAGUAGAUCAUCUCUUAUGCUUGAUGCAGGACUGGGGUCAAUUCUAUUUUCAAUUCAGUCAAUUUGCAAUAGUCAUUCAUUCAUUCAUUCAUUAAUUCAGUUCAUUAAAUAGAAACAUCUACAUUAACAUUCACAUUGUUUACUUGAUUUUGUGAACUGACUGGAUUGAAACUGGCAUUAACCCUAGCCCUGUAGUGUUAUCUGGUCUGUUACAGUAUGUAAAACAGCCACUAGCUCACAGACAUGUAUCACUGGCAAGUAACUCCAAAUCAUGAGGGAAAAUGUUUAGAAAUUAUAAGAAAAUGGGAUCAAGUAAGAAAAAUGUGACAUACCUUCCUUUCUAGAGCAGUCUAGUAAUGGAUGUUGAAAAGUAUUUGUGCUUUCUUCUUAGGCAUAGACAUCCUGCUUCCAUAUUGGUAUUCAUUUUGUACAUGUUAUAUCCUCUGUUAAAAAAUAAUGUACAAAUAAACUAAGGGGCCAGCAAUGAAUAUGCACAUUUGGAUAUUGUGCAACUGUGUUUUCCUUCUCAGGUAGUCUGUUUAAUGAACUACUGUUGCAAUGCUUUGUGUAACAUCAUGGUUAAAAGUUAUGUCCUCCCAGUGUCUUCUAUUGUGUUGACACUGGCUGCGUAUCAUUAGUUGAGAGCCAUAGCUGUCACAGAAGCACUGUCCAUUGAUUGUCACUCACUCCUGCUGCCUCACUUUAACUCUGUAUUUUCUUUUUUUUUGUUCCUUUUUUUUCUUUUUCUUUUUUUACAAAAGUAAAUCAAUAAAUGCAAAAUGCACAUUUACUUAAAAGUGGAUCAUAAUAUUUAUUAUGCUGGACGCUCUUUCUGAUAUAACAAUGUUGAAUCUCAUUUCCUGCAUUUGCCCAUUAAGUUAAGUCAUUAAGGCAAGUC